AUGACGGGGGAUCAAGGAUUCGGAGGUCCAGUUGAGCGAUCCAGAAGGAGUUUAUCAACAUCUGGACCUGGACCUAAUGGCGAAGGCGAGACGAGGCCCGAGAAGGAGACUACCAGAAAACCAUCAACCGACGAAAAGGAGGACAUCAUACAAUCAUCACAGGUCUCACCACGUGGGUAUAGCAGCACUUCCAACACAUCAGCACCAGUGGCAACACCUCUGUCACGAAAUCCCUCCGAAAUAUCAACAGUAUCAACCACAUCCAGCCCAGGACCCGAAAGCCGGAGGUCUCCAGCUCCCUGUCAGCCACUUGAACCACCCGUUACAAAAUCCAGUCUGGGCGAACUGGAGGUAUCUAAGAUUAUCAACAACCCGAAGCUGAGGCACGACAUCAACUUUGACCCCGAGCUUCAUUUCCGACCCAACGUUGAGGGCGACAAGGGCCGAAGAAAGCAUGAUCGAGCAAGCAUUUUCUGGACAACACUCAAAGAAGAAUUGAUUGAGUUCAUUGUGGACCGAGAAGGCUUUUACGCAAAGCAUGGUACAGGUGACGACUGGUGCUUGCCAAAGCUUUUAAAGUCUGUCAAGGAGAUUAUUCAAACUUUGGUACCACAGCGCGAUCGGCAAUUCCUUGACGAGGGGCUGAACGUGGAGCUCCUGAUGCAGCAGUUUCACCGUGGAAUUGCUGAUCUGGAGAAGCUUGCCUUGUGGCUUUCACAGAUUCUCAAAUCUCAUUGCGCACCUAUGAGAGAUGAAUGGGUCGAUUCCAUGUAUAAGCAGCUCAGCAAUGGCAACAGCAACAACGACGUCGAGGAGCUUGUCGAUGGCAUGAGAAGCUUGCUCAGUGUCCUAGAGGCUAUGAAGUUGGAUGUUGCCAACCACCAAAUCCGCUGCCUUCGACCAGCUCUCAUCGAGGAGACUACUGCUUUCGAACAGAAAUUCUUGAUGAAGAAGCUACGGAAUCGUAAGAUGGACAUUGGAGAUGCAAAGCCAUGGUACCAGGAGGCUGCUCGAACUUAUCCCAGCGGAUCUGGAAAGAUUUCUUCUCAUUUUGGUGAGAUGGGUAUCUUCUUCGAGGGACUUUCACGAUCAAUGCUUCCAUCCGCCGGUGAGAAGCCGUUACCUGGCACAUUCUUCUUUGAUGAGGACCGCUUAGGACGUGUUCGAUCUGAUAUCCUGGACGCUAUCAACUUGGAUGUCUGCAUGCGCAUGUAUGAGGACCUUGAACGCAUCACCAAGCUCAACUCUGCCUCUGCCUCCGCCCCCGCCUCUGCCUACGUCAACGAUCUUUCCGAUGAUAAUGAGUUCAACUUCAACACUCCUCCUUCAAGCUCAAGCCCCAGCCCAAGUUCAGGCUCACGCCCUUCGAGUGUUGCACUGAGUUACGCAGACUCGGCCUCAUCGUCACCAAGAUCGUCUAUGGUACUCCCAUCAUACCUUAACUCAGACAUCAACGAGUCCAAGACUAGAGCUCGAAAUCUUCGCGAUACACUGGUAGCUCUUCUCCAACAAGCGCCCGCCGACCUACAUUAUCACGAGCGAUGGCGAGCAAUGGCUCAGUCCCUGGCCCUCCAGAUUUUCCGAUUUACCAAUGCACCCAAGGACAUGCUCAUUCCUUUCGAAGAGAAGCUCACCGAAAACGUAUCCAGCAUCUCAUCGCCCAUUUACCAGGAGAUGGAGGAGGCAUAUCGUAUCCGACUGGUCAAUGAGCUCGCUACGCGAGUACGCUACUUCAAGGCCCUUUCAGGUGUAUGCCUAUUCUCGAUCGCUACGGGUAACCGUGUACCAGCAAGCAGCCGCAGCCUGGAUACAGGAAGGGACCGGGAUUUGGAUGCAGCCAUCCGCACGGGUCAGCAGGAGGGCGGCAUUGAGGACAUUGCCACUCGUAUUGCUCAUGUAGGUGUUGUCCACUGGAGGAUAUGGGCUCGCAUGGCAUAUAAGGACGACGACGAUAUGUCUCUGGACUAA